GAGGAUGAGGAGGAGGAGGAGGAAGAUCCGAUGGACUCAACUUCUAUACGAGAGUUGGGUGACGAUUUUCUGAAGAGAUUUUGUAGAAAGGCAUCAACAGCAUUUUUUGAACAAUAUGGUCUGAUUAGUCACCAAAUCAACUCUUAUAAUGACUUUAUCGAAAAUGGAAUCCAGAAGGUCUUUGACUCCAUCGGUGAGAUCGUAGUCGAACCUGGGUAUGAUCCAUCAAAGAAGGGGGAAAGUGAUUGGAGAUAUGCUUCGGUGAAGUUUGGGAAGGUCAUCCUUGAGCGUCCAAGUUUCUGGACGGGUGAAAAGUUUUCAGCUGAUAGCGGCAAAGAGUCGCUGGACUUGUUGCCCAGACAUGCCCGUCUUCAAAACAUGACUUACUCAUCCAGGAUGAAAGUUCAGACGCAUGUUCAGGUGUAUACUAAAAAGAUGGUUAGAAGCGACAAGUUUAAAACUGGAAAAGAACAGUAUCUCGAUAAAGAGACUAUAUUUGAAGAUAACAGGGAUGUUAUUAUUGGGAGGAUUCCCGUGAUGGUCAAGUCUGAAUUGUGCUGGAUGAAUGGAGUUGAUAAAAACGAUUGUGAUUUUGACCACGGGGGCUAUUUCUUGAUCAAGGGAGCAGAGAAGACUUUCAUUGCACAGGAGCAAAUCUGCUUGACCAGACUUUGGGUGACUAGUAGCCCAACUUGGACGGUUGCAUAUCGACCAGUUUUCAAAAGAAGAAGAGUCUAUGUUAAACUUAUAGAGACACCAAGCAAUGAACAUAUUCGAGGGGGGGAAAAAGUCCUUACAGUGUAUUUCUCAGUGGCAGAAAUUCCAAUCUGGAUAUUAUUUUUCGCCCUUGGUGUAUCCUCUGAUAAAGAAGUGGUUAAUCUGAUUGAUUCUGAUCUUGAGGAUGCCAGUAUCGUCAACAUACUUGUUGCAUCGAUUCAUGAUGCUGAUAAGAAUAGCGAGGGCUUCCGUAAAGGAAAGAACGCCCUCAAUCACGUAGAAAAACUUAUAAGAGACUGUAAAUUCCCGCCUGCAGAAUCUAUUGAAGAGUGCAUUAGCAACUAUCUAUUCCCCAACCUUAGUGGCUUCAAGCAAAAGGCUCGCUUUCUUGGUUAUAUGGUCAAGUGUCUCUUGCUGGCUUACACUGGCCGCAGAAAAGUUGAUAAUAGGGACGAUUUUAGGAACAAGAGGUUGGAGCUGGCUGGUGAGCUGCUUGAGCGAGAGCUCAGAGUGCACAUUAAACAUGCUGAGAGGCGUAUGGUGAAGGCUAUGCAGCGUGAUCUUUAUGGGGAUCGUGACCUGCAUCCUAUAGAACACUAUCUGGAUGCAUCAAUUAUUACCAAUGGCCUUUCUAGGGCGUUCUCUACUGGAGCAUGGUCACAUCCUUACAAGAAGAUGGAGAGGAUCUCUGGAGUAGUGGCAAUGCUUAGGCGAACAAAUCCAUUGCAGACAGCAGCUGACAUGAGGAAAACACGUCAGCAGGUGGUUUACACAGGGAAGGUUGGAGAUGCCAGAUACCCACACCCUUCACAUUGGGGAAAGAUCUGUUUCCUCUCAACCCCGGAUGGAGAAAAUUGCGGGCUGGUAAAAAACUUGGCCAGCAUGGGGCUUGUCAGUACAAAUGUUUUGGAACCUCUUCUUGAGCAAUUGCUUGAUUGUGGGAUGGAAAAACUGGUAGAUGAUACCUCAACGUCGCUACGUGGAAAGGACAAAGUUUUUCUGAAUGGGGACUGGGUUGGAGUAUGUGAAGAUCCUGCUUUGUUUGCUGUAAAGCUAAGAAGUAAGCGGCGCAGGAUGAAACUACCACACCAGGUGAAACAUGUGAAUUUGAUUUCCUAUAUACUUUGA